UGGUUUGCGUUGCGCAAACCGUAGUUAACCAGCACGCCACGGGCCGCGCCCCCGCAGGGGAAUAUUCCCGCAAGAUGACUUUAGGUGACCAUACGCACUCCGCCGUGCCGCCGCAGCCGACUUGCGCAAGCACGCACUCUUGCAGAGUUCCGCAUUCGGGUCGCACUCGCGUACGACAUCCCGUAUGAGCCACCCUUCGCCUGGCGGAUGCAUCCGUAGACGGCUCAUCUACUGCUGGCUGGUGUAAUUUUGCCAGUUGUCUGUUUUGCUGCGAGUGCUCGCCACGCAAUUUUGUUUUCUAUUCCUCAACAUUUAGAACUUUAGUAUGGCUUUCUCAGCAGCCCAGAGGGACUCCAUCGCCGAGAUUGUGGCUGCCAGCGUUGCAGCAGCACUUGGCAACAGCCCGCCGGCUGGACACCACGCGGCUGACUCCGAGACUGGAGCAAACGGCUCGCUGGCCGUUGCCGCAUGCAACCGCUCACAUGAUGGCUCGCCAGCCCAGAUCGCUCAUCUAUCCGCAGAAAAGCAACCUCCCGCAGGAGGGCCACCGCAGUCGCUUCCUCCGCAACGUACCGCUGGCCCCAGUCAGCACGCAGGGCUAGCUAUCGUGUUUCUCGCUCGCUUCCUAGCCGCUGUCUAGGGCAGGUGGUGAUGGAUGUGCGCAUGUUUGUGUAUAUGCUUGUGUUUAUGUGCGCGCAUGUGGGCAUGUGCGCUGCUAUACGCGGUCACUGGUGGAUGCAUGUGGCGCGCUAUCUCUUCUCCUGUGUCCUCUCUGCCAGGCUCGCCAGCCGCCGCACUUUCCGCACGAGCCGAACAACUCAGAUCCAAUUCAGUGGCCGCAGCCACGCAACGCACAUAUGCCCCGGGCUGGCACGCAUUCCGCAAGUUCAUGCAACAGAUUCACCGCGACCCGCUGUCACCGCGUCACGAUGACAUCCUGCUAUUUGCCGCUUCCAUGUCGCAUUCUGUCAGUGCCGGCACUUUGAAAGUAUACCUGGCCGCAGUCAGAUACAACCUCCUCUGCAGGGGAGGACCUGUCGAAGUCCUUGCAUCCAGCCGGCUCACCGCUCUGGUGAAAGGCCUGGAGAGAGAACGCGCAUCGCUCCCACGGCACGCAACUGCCCAGCCUCGGAGACAGGCUAUCACCGCCGUACAACUCAAGGCACUACAUCUUUUCCUGCAGCGUUCCGCUUAUAGCCCUGGCGACACGCUCAUGCUAUGGGCCGCAUUGACGACAGCAUUCCAUGGUCUGCUGCGAGUUAGCGAGUACACGUCCCCGUCGCCAGCAGGGUCGGGUACCCUGAAAACUCUCAGGCGCGCUCACCUCGUGCUCUCUCAGGCCACAGCCAGCUUACGGCUUCAACGCACGAAGACAUCGCAGCUGACAAGCGGUGGCGAGGUUGUGCUGCAUCGCCAUGCAGACCCGCAAAUAUGCCCCGUCCUGGCCCUCGAGGCAUACGUCAGAUCAUGCGCAUGGGGUAGUGACGAACAACCUCUCUUCAAGUUCGGCAAUGGACGAUGGCUCACGCCCAAUGACAUCAACGUAGUGUUGCGCAGGGUUCUGGGCCCCAGCUACAGUAGCCACUCCCUCCGUGCAGGUGGCGCAACGCACAUGGCGAACCAAGGUGCCCCGGAGUAUGCCUUGAUGGCAGCCGGGCGGUGGUCCAGCGGAGCUUACCGCACGUACGUUCGCAGGCCUGCAGGCAUGCCGCGGCGUUACUGAGCCACGGGUCGCAAGCACCGCACGCCCCCCUUUUCUUGGAGGCACGGGCUCGGCCGAUGGGCACGAAAUCCGCAUGGUGCACAUCCAUCGGCUGCCGCAGACAAUGCAAUUAAUAUACUUGUGGGUACUACCGAGUACUUAGUGGUCAUGCAGUUGCCAUAGCAAUGUACUGGUACACCCAGCCUUUAUGAUUGUUACAUGACCCCAUGGGUCGUCUUUCAAACGCUCUU